UUUGCCCCCAGCGUAGCAGUGUACCAUGAACCCAUUCCUGGAGUCAGAGGAGCCCCCUGGGGUCAGUGCCGCCGCUGCCGGCCCAUCCACCGUCAGUGUCGCUCCGACAGCCACGUCGUCCGCAGCAGCCGACGACCCGCCGGCCAUCUCCAUAGACGAGAUCGCCAAGAAGCUACUGCGCGAGAAUUUCUACCUGACGGCGCUGGAGCUGCACCUGGAGCUGGCCGAGCUUGGCGCUGAGCUGCCACGGCUGCGCAGCUUCUUCAGCAACCCGGGCAACUUUGAGCGCCAGACGCCGUUCAAACCCGAACUCGGUGGACAGCUCCCUCGCACGUCGAGUCAGGCCACGCUGGACUCGAUCGACCUGGGACGGUACUCGGAAGACGGCGAGAGACUGGCCGACGAACGGACGGCGCUGCUCGAGUUUGAGCUGCGCAAAGCGCACGACACCAUCAAAUCACUACGGGCCAACCUGACCGGGGCGACUGAGCUGAACACACCCGACCACGGCGGUGAUCGGCCCAUCACUGACGAUGACCCGAUCAAACCGCACGAGAAGCGCGCUCUCAACUUCCUCAUCAACGAGUACCUCCUGAGACACGGCUACAAGCUCACGUCGAUCGCGUUCUCGGACGAGAACGAGGACCAGGAUGUCGAGGACUGGGACGACGUCGGCCUGAACGUGGCCAAGCCGCCCGACCUGUUGCACUUUUUCCGCGAGGGCGGCAGCCGUCCGUCGGAGCCGCCGGCGCCGCCGCCGGCGCCGCCGCCGCCGCCCACGCCUCCCCCGGGCACCGACUGCGAGUGCCAGACGGAAGAGGACCCCGUGCACGCUCAGCUACAGAACGAUAUUACCGCGCUCAUGGACAAAAUCGAGGUGCUCGAGAGCCAGCUGAGCGCGGUGCGCUCGUUUGCCGCCGAUGCCGCCGCCGCCGCCGAUACGGCCGAGAGCGUCAUCCACGGCGUCAGCACGGCGUCACCGGCCGCUGACGGCGCCGGCGACUCGACCGCCUCGGGCGACGAGUCGCUGGAGAGCGAGCUCGCCCGUACGGAGAGCCAGAACCGACUGAACACGCUGAAAAUGGCCGGGAGAGAGGCGCAGCCGCCGUCACUGGAGAGCAGUGCCGUACCGGAGCGUUUCCGACGCGCGGUGCUGGCGGCCUGUAUCCACGAACAGUCCGAGGGAGCGGCCGAUGAGACCAUCGAGCGCCUGCAGCUGGAGGUGGCCCAACUGAGCAGCUCACCCGAGCAGGCGGUGCUCCAGCUGGCCCGCUGUCUGCCGCACAUUGUGCCCAACGUCAUACUGGCCAAACGGGAGGAGCUGAUCCCGCUGCUGUUGUCGGCCAUCCAGCUUCACCCAGACGUCCGGCAACGGGACGUGCUACUCAACCUGCUGUUCAACCUCAUCAAGCGACCCGACGCCCAGCAGCGCGCUGUCAUACUGGCUGGGUUCCGGUCUCUAGUGGCCCGUCUCUGUCCGGGUCGACUCGAGGAGGAGGUACUGCCGCAGUGUUGGGAACAAAUCAGUCACAAGUACUUUGAGCGUCGGCUACUGGUGGCAGAGGCGUGCGCAGUGCUGGCGCCCUUCAUACCGCCUGAGCUGCGCGGCUCGCUGGUCUGGUCGAUGCUGCACCAAAUGGUGACGGAUGAGAAGGAGGCGGCUGUUCGAGAGGCGGCCAUCCGCAGUCUGGCAGUGGUGCUGGUGCAUUGUGACGAUGACGACAAGUUCUCACAGGCCUGGGAGCUGACGGCUCGGCUGCUCGAGGACCGCUGUGAGCCGGUGCAGCGGUCGGCCGCCGAACUCCUGCUGCCCGUCGUGGCUCGCUGGGCCUCUCAGCUGGGGCGGCUCUCCGACCGACUGGUACCGCACGCGCUCAACGCCGCACGACAGGCCGCUCAGCGCCAGCCGGCCGACUGGACGGUGUCCGUGUGGAUCCAGGUCCUCAUGACCCUCCUGGACCAGGCCUUCCUCUGGGUGGUCUCGGCCGGCCCGCACCUGGACAGGGUGGAAAACGACUCCAUGGGCAUCACGUCGGACCGGCUGCCGUCUCAGGAGGGCCCUCUGUCUGACCUGGAGGUACUGCACGGAGACGGCCGGCGACUGCGGCAUAUGGUGGCAGCAUUCGACGAGUAUGUCACCCAGGAGUGGUACCGCGUCUGGCCGGCCCUGGAGUGGCUCACCAAUGAGUGCGUUCCGGAGCUGUUCCGGCUGGCCGAGGUGCUGCCGCUCUCCUUCCCUGACGCGGUGUAUGAAAUGGCCGCCCUGCUGCGGCAUACGGCGCACCUGGUCGGGCCCACCAUCGCCGAUUCUAAGCUGUGGCCGUGCUGUGAGUCGCGUCUGCGCGGCGCGGCCGCCGCUGACGCCCCGCCGCCGGGCCUCACCUCUGCACUACUGCCGGCCGUGUGCGCCGGACUGCUGGCGGCACCCCUACCGGACGCCGACGCCCGGCUGGCGCGUACCCUCGAGGACGCUCUCUACCUCAGCGCUGCCUGCCGGCUGACAGGCGAACCUCUAGCGGCGGCCGUGCGGCUGCUACUGGAGUAUCCGGAGCGGCACGCAGCGCUGCUGGACCUCCUGUGGAAGGGUGUGAUGCACUCGGUGGUCGAGGUGCGGGAGACGACCGCCCAGCUGGCCGGCAUGCUGGUCCCCGAGGUGCCCGAGACCGUACUGACGGCCCGCGUGCUGCCGGCGCUGGUCACACUGGCGUCCGACCCGCAACAGCUGGUGCGGCGCGCGGUGGUGCCGGCCCUGGGCCUGGUGCUGGAGACCCAGCCGGGCCGGGAGCCGUCUGAGAAGGCCCGUCUGCAGGUGACGGCGCUGUGCCAGGACGCGGCGCUGGCCGGCCCGCUGGCGGCCGCGCUGGGCCGCGCCGCCGCCGCCGGCCGGCACACCGAGUUCUGCCUGUCGCGGCUGGCAGAGCUGUCGGCGCGCCGCGCGCCCGCCGACGCGCCCACCCUGCUGGACGCCUACACGGCGCUGGCCUGCGGGCAUGUGGCCGGGGAGGCCGUCAGCAGGGACAUCCUGCCGGCGCUCAGGUGUCUGCUGGACACGUUUGUCAGUGUGGGGUCGCCACAGGCGGACGUAGUGGCCGCGCUGAUCCGCGACUUUGACCAGCGCGUGGCCGCCCCGCCACCGGACGUCCCUGCGCCGGCCCAACCGCUGACGGCGGCGGCGGCAGCGGCGGUGCCCGCCGUCCAGCAGGGCAUGGUCGAGGUGCGCAGCCGUGUCACCAAGAUGCUCAGCUCGACGGCCAUCCAGUCCAAGUCCUCCCAGCUGACAGGACUCUUCAGGAAAAAGUAGCGCGACCAAGUGGGUGGGUGUCGGGUCGGGGUGUGCCGGGAACAUAAAAGGCUGAUUGAGCAUUCCAUAGGGGGUUAUUGCUGUGGGUAGGGCAGGGUAGGCGAUUUACUAGUGUAGAUAUUAUGGCCAGACAAGUGAACUGAAGAAGAGCAUUUAUGAGAUAUGCGCACAUUUUAUAGUGUAGUGCGUACUGGUUGCGGGUACAAAUAUCUCGUGCAUUUCCUACUCGAAUUUUUAUGUAAGCCAUAGGUCUUAUUUUUAUUGGGAAAUGGAUUGGAAUGUGAUAAUUAUUUACAGGAUUUCAAACAUAACAAAAACAAGUCCCUUACGGGCGUUGACGUUCUUUUUUACGUUUGCUUGAAAGCUUUGUGCUUAAGUUUAUGUGAAAUCAAUAGUUUGUGUAGCACGAUCCUAAUCGUGCAACAAUUAGUGUACAUACGUAGACAAAGCCAGUGAGUUUCCAUGAAUUUCGCCAUAGUGAAGAACUGCGGGCUGGUCAUCACAGCCAUGCUUUAACUUGCCAUUGAUGUAGCAGCCAAGAAUAGUUCCAAUGCACAUGUGACGGCGCCGAGUUAGUGGAGGGCGCGUAUCUCGAGUUUCUCUGAAGGCAGCUGGCUGUCGCGGAAGAGUCAGUUACAGCCCCCCCCCCCUCGAGCUCUACCCCCGCCGUCGCCGGUGUCCCGUCGGUGGCUCUCGUUGCACGCUGCGGGAACCGUCAGUGAUCCGGGUACUGUACCGUCCAUGCUUAUAUCGUCCGUGGCAUAUGCUCGCUGCUGUCGGCGUCCGGGAGUCUGUGUGAGGACAACAGGGUGUUCAGGGGACGUUUUAUCGGUGUGUUAUGUGGGGGGCGCUGCCGGCGGUCAGGGCGGGAUCUUUAUCAGGUCACGUGCCACCCAAGGGGACCGGUGACCUGGCAGUGCUGGACCCGCCAUAUGCUGACAGUGUUGUGAUACCGGGUGAGGUUGCGCGAUGCGAUACUGACGAGACUUAUUGUGGCUGCUUGUCAUGCUGUGGUUGUGCCUUUCGCGCCCAAGUGAAUACAUAUUGCGCCUAUA